AUGUCGGACGAUAAGACUACAAUAAAAGCUACGCCGAAUGUGUUUGAGCACGCGUUACAAACAUGGGUGGAGAUAGAUUUGCCCUCCUUACAGAAGAAGCUCGAUGAACAGGGCUUGGAAAUAAAAGAAGAUCAAAAAUCGUCUGUAUUGAGUCGAAAGAACUUGGCCACGAAAACUAAGGAGUUUAAGAAACUAGAGGAUGCCGAGAAGUUGGAUCAGGUCAAGUCUCUUUUGAAGCUAUACCAGAAUGAAAUUGACAGCCUUACAAACAAGGGUAAAAAUGUUGAAAAUUGUUUCUUUGGCGUGUAUCGAUUGAUUGCAGAAGCUCCUGAUCCUCGGCCAUUGUUGGAAAUGUCAUUAGACUCUGUAAUAGAAAGUAAAGAUGCAGCAAAUAUUAGGGCAGAGGUGUCUAGAUUGGAAGAAGAGUUGGCAAAAAAGGCAGACUAUGAUCAAUUGAAACAGAGAUUACUUUCCAAUGAACAGAAAUCAGCUGAACUUUUAAGCAAUCGAAUCAAGGCCAAAGAAAACGAGUUUAAAGCUAUUUCGGAUGAGAAAGAGAAUAACUGGAAAGAGAAGGAAAGACGGUUUGAGAAUCAGUUACUUACUGCGCAGAAACAAAUUGAAGAAUUGAGGGCGUUUAAAGAAGUAUCGGAGCUUCAAUUGGAUAACCAAAACAGAAACACAAACAGCCAAGAAGCUUCUGCAUCAGUGUUGGCUGAACUUGACAUGGUCAGAAGAGAUUCAGAGCUGGCAAAGAAGAGAAUCUUUGAACUUGAAAAGAGGAACGAAGAUUUAAGGAGAGAGGUUUCAAAAUCCAAAACCGAUAAUGAUGCUGAAGUGGUACGAAAUGAAUGUGAUAAAAAGGUCCAGGAAGUUGAAAGUGAAAAUGUUUUGCUCGUUGCCAAUUUGGAUCAUGUGAGGAAACAAUUGACCGAGGCCUCAAAGAGCUAUGAAACUAAGAUUGAGUCUAUAAACAGAGAGAAUUCCCAAAUGAUUCAGGAAAUUAAAAACUUGAAACUGAAGUUAAGCAACACUUCUGACUAUGAGGAGAUCAAACAUGAACUUCAUCUACUCCGUCAAAUUGAAUUUGGCCAUGAUGACGAGGAUGGUGAAAAUGGCCAAGGAGAGGGUGUCAAAUUGGACUCGAUUGUGAUUGAGAGAAAUAAGGCCAUGACACAAGAGCUAGCUCAGUAUAGGUCACAACAUCACGACUUAGUCACCAGAAUAGACAAUCUUCAGAAGCAAGUUGAUACUUCUGAGAAAACGAUAGGGUCAUUAAAGCAAUUGAACGAGAAAUUGGAAAAUGACUUGGCUGAUUUGCAAGAAGCAAAUGGGCAAAAUAGGUUCAAUGACAAUGCCAGUUUGAUAUCUGGCAUGAGCCGGUUUACGAGGCCAUCGCAUAUGAGAAGCGGAAGUAUCAUCUCUGGCAUGACCGGAGAUAAGGGUGUUAACGGAUCUGAUGAUUCAUCUAUUUUACCAAUCAUUACAAAGCAAAGGGAUAGAUUUAGAGAAAAGAACAAUGAGCUCGAGGACGAGCUUCGCAAGCUGCAAAACAAGGUCAAUGACCUUAAGCGUCAAGUAAGUGCUUUAAAACAAGACAAUGAGGAGUUGUAUGAAAGAGGUCGCUAUUUGGCUUCGUUUCAAACCCCAGGAACAAAAAACAUCACCACUACAGCAUCGGGUAGAAAAUUCCUCAACCCCAAACCCAAUGUCGAUUUGGAACGUAAUGAUGUCGAAUACCAACGUAACUAUGAAAAAAAGUUGCACCCAAUGGAACAAUUUAGAAUUAGAGAACAAGAGAGAAUCAACUCGAAAUUGUCACCUUUGGAGAGAUUGUUUAUAUCUCUUACGAGGGCUGUCUUGGCAACCAGACUCACUCGGAUGAUAUUUUUUGCCUAUUGUUUAGGGCUACAUAUAAUCGUUAUGUUCAUCACAAUUUACGCCAUGAACAUACAUACUUCGUUGAUACCUGAGGUUGGUUUGAACAGUAGUACAGGCGGUGUUACGACAAACAAGAUUGGGUCUCCUCAGAUAGGUGAAAAUGAUGCACUUAUAUAG